GUGGGAAUUUCGACAUUACUAGGUCAGUUCGUGUUAUGCAAAAUGGUGCAAUCUAACCAUAGUAUCUUACCUAUUAUUUCUGCUUGUGAUGAGUCUUCUACAGAGCAAAAAGCGAAAAAAGAUCAUUUCCUUUCAUUACGUAAUAUCUCUCACAUUUGUUUCAUAUCAGUGAUUGUUCUGAAGUUAUAUGGAGAAUAUUUCACUAAUAUUGUUCUGGCGUCAUGGGGAUACAUUACGGUCCUCUUCAUGAAUUCAGAGAUACAGACAAGUUUUUUCGAUCUCUCAUACCGGAGGAUUUGCAUUCCCUUAUCCGUCGUUUCACUCUCACAUCUAUGUUUAGUUCAAUACUCUUUAUGGAACCAGGGUUUUUAUAAUGUUUUCCUAUUGCAGCCUUCUAGCUCUGUAUCGAGUCUACCACUGAAUUUGUGGUAUAUUUUCAUCUCCGAUUGCUCUUUAAAACUGUUAUCGAUAUUUAUUAAAAGCGUAUCUUUGUUGUGCCUGUCUAAAACACUUGAUUGCUACUCUAUGGGUUCAUUACUCUGUUUUUUGGAAUAUAUAUUCUUAUUCCUAAGACACAUACCACCUGGGAUUCUGUGGAUAUAUUUCCUGGUAGAAUUAAAUUGGAAACUACAGGGCAUCUUAGCUGGGAGAAUAUUUGUAUGCUUAUUAUACUGUAUUUUAAAACUUUCUGUCGUAGCUUAAUUUGGACAUGAUGAUGUCAGAUGCAGUUAGAGGUACGAUGGCAGCUGUCACCUCCUGCUUGCCCACACCGUGGAAGGAUAUUUCUUAAGAUAUUUGAAAAAGAAGCUGGAUUAACGUCGGUCUUAGCGAUCUAAGAGUAAUGACCAAGGACGACCGCUUGGGGGCGGUCAUGCACGACCUUCUUAUGGUACGCGUUUCAAACAAAUUUACUCCUGCAGAUGGAAAUCUGUAGAGUGAGGUUUGUAUUAUGCUUUCAUUAUGUAAAGAGUUUAUGAAAUUUUCACGUUCGAUGAUAUGUACAAAAGUGAGUACAGGUUUGUCAUAUUUCUUCGCCAUCAAGCUAUCCUUAGUUUUGAUGGGAUUUAUUUUUUUAAUGAAAAUGAAAUUGUGGUUAGACUUGUCUGUCUUAGUGAGAUUAUGCUGGAUUUUUUGGUCAGAACUCACGUAAUAGUUUGAAAGUUGGUUUAUCAGGAAAUGUGAUAUCAGUUAUGACUUCUGAUCUCUAGAGUCAACCAUGUCGGAAUGAAACAAUCAACACCGAUUUUAUAGGUUUGUGAUUGCUACGCAUCAUUUAAUGGCUGAACUCAAAAAUAUGGAGCGUUUAGAUUCUGAGUGUCAUUCUUACUGUAAAAUCUUCAAGUCAUAAGUUCGAUUUCAUAACGUUCACAAAUACCCGCAAUCGAGCAUUCUUAAACUAAGACGGAGCAGAUACCCAGUGCUCUCAAGUUUUCAAUAGAUUUCUAGAUUAUAUCUGUCUUUGAUGAACACAGUCUUUAAAUUGGACAGGUUUACAGACUGCCUGUUUGCAUAACUUUUCCUAUGCUGAAAUUGAUGAGUAAUAGUACUAUUCAAAGAACGAUAAAUAAGAAACUUUGUUGGAGAUGUUAAUUCCCCAAAUACAACUUAUGAGACAGAAAAUUAAUAUCAAUUUAAGGGUAAUGUAAGGUCAACUUUCAGCACAUUUUCGUCACAUUACUUUAUAAAAUUCUAAUGCAUUUUACCAUGAUUUGUGUCUAGUGACACUCAGUUAGUUGAUAAAUUCCGAUCACUGUAACUGAUAUAUAACCAACUAACUUAAACGUGUUUUUAAUUCUACCGGAGCUAUUACCGACUAAUUUUCAAUUGCGAAACUUAGCGAGGCAGAGGAUAGAAACCAUCUUGUUCACUGUAUUGAAGUUGGAUUUUCAAAAUAUUAGCAUAGCGCACGAACACUGUUUACACUUGAAAUGCAGGCGCCAUCGAAU